UUGUUUAUAUAUUUUUCCGUUAUUCUGAGUUUGGGCAUUUUUGAAUUCGGUAUGUUGCUGCUGGUUUAAAUGUUCCAACGUUGCUACCAUUAGGGUUUAGUUUUUGAGAAUGAGGCUGUCUACAUUGUGCAUGCGCGAAGUUUUUGUUUACUUGGUGUUAGCUAGAGCUUCAAUUUUGCUAUAUCUGAAGAAAACUGUUGGAAUUGAGUUUAUCUGUUGUAUACUAUGAUCUGAUGAUGGUGAUGAUGAUGAUGAUGAUGAUGAUGAUGAAAACUGGAAUAUAUGUAACGUUGGAUUCUUGUGCUAGGAGAAGGGGGAGGGGGGUUGGGAGUUUCAUACGAGAGGGCAUUUUCAGGGAGCUACUAAAAGUGGAGUCUUGGUAUAAGAGUGAAAUUUUAUUGAGAAGAAUGGUAGCUGACACUGGAUCUGCCCGAAAAGCUAGUGAAGAAGUAGAUGGCAGCAGCCAGAAGAAGAAAAAAACUAGUAGAACUGAUGUAUCUGAACACAGCCCUGAAAAAGCUGGUGUCUCAGCUCUUAGAAGAUCAUCUAGGGAGACACCUGCCUCCAAACAGAGUACAACAAGCCCACAAAGUAUUGGAUCCCUGCCCAAACAAGCAACCCCAAACUCUCAAACUAAACGGAAAUCCCAUCGAGUAGUGGGUUCACCUUCAUUACCACCUAUAAAUAAGGAUUCUCACAGACAAGACAAAAAUGAUGUACCAACUCCCCUCAGGAGGUCAGACAGGGAAAAGAAUAAUAAUUCAUCAUCCAGUUCUUUGGGUUCCAAGAAACUGGAACAAGACCUUUGCCCAUCGGAAUUGACAAGGAAGAGAAAGAGAGCCUUGAUUCAGGCAACCUUAGAAUCUGAAGAAGCUGAGCGUGACCCCAAACCUGGUACUACAAAAAAGAAGAAGAUGAUGAACGGGCAUGUCUACAAGGCUUUAUUUAAAGGACAACAGAUUCACAACAUUGAGUCCAAUGGUGAUAUGGAGCUAGAUGUACCAGAGAAAUCAUCUACCACUUGUAUUGACAAUAGCAAAGGUGUUGGCUCUGAGCCAAUGGGAAGUGGGAAAGAUCCAAUCGAUUUCCCAGAAAGGCUAUCAUCAAUUGAGAAUAUGAGUGCUCCAGAGUCAGAAAGUUCAACAUGUGUGGCAAGAUCAAGAGAUGGUUCAGUAAGUUCAGAAAGUCAUGAAGAAUGCGUCCAUCCAAGAGGGAUAUCGUCAUUACCAUCCCCUUCUCGUAAAUGUGAUUAUCAGAAUCUCUUGGGGACUUGUAUUUUAUGCUCCAAAUCCAGAAGGGUAGGCUAUGACUCAGCAGAACAGGAGCUAUGCUCUUGCAGUAUUAUAAGAAAUGAAGAUGCCGGCAACUUCUCUUCAAAGGCUAGAAGUAAUCUUGGAGCAGGUGAUCAGGGUAAGGUGUGUGGCUUUUGCUGCAGGGACGGCGAGCUCCUUUACUGUGGUGGAAAAAGUUGCAAGACAUGCUAUCAUCUGUGUUGCCUUGAUCGCUCUCUUGCUAAUGCUGUACCUGUGGUGUGGUACUGUUCCCAGUGUGUGAACAAGAAGUUUUUAUUCGGUCCACCUUCUGUGUCGAAGGGCAUGGAGUCAAUUUGGGAUGUUAGAGAUGUAGAUAUAUCAAAUACUACAGGAGUUCGGCAGAAGCAAUAUCUUGUCAAAUACCAUGGGCUUGGCCACAUUCACAACCAUUGGGUACCAGAGCAACAAGUGCUCGUUGAAAAUCCAGGUCUUAUCUCCAACUUCAUCGAGAGAAAUAAGACUGUGAGAUGGGGUAAAGACUGGACGGUGCCCCAUUGCCUGUUAAGAAGAAGAUGCAUUGAGGAUAGCAUUUUUGUAGCUUCCCCCUCUGUUAUUUCAGUAUGCAACUAUGAGUUACUUGUGAAAUGGCGGGGGCUUAGUUGUGAUGAGGCAACAUGGGAGUUAGAGAGUGCCCCCUUCCUUGGCUCUUCUCUAGGUGAGACCCUGAUGGAACGCUAUGAGAUUCGACGGUCAAGGGCUCAUCAAGGAGCUAACAAGGAACACAAACGGUCUAUUGUUGAACUCUCAGAGCUUCCAACUGUACUGUCUCAUGGAAAUGAUAACAUGUUGAAAAAUGUGAACAAACUUCGUAAAUGCCUGUCCAAGUGUCAGAAUGCUGUUGUUUUUGAUGAUCAGGAAAGAGUAAUGGCUAUUCUUCUUCUCAUUCAAUCUAUGAGCCAAAUUUGUUGGCCUUUCUUAAUUGUCACGACAUCUAGCUCAUUGUCUCAUUGGGAAGCUGAGGCUGAAGAACUGAUGCCGUCUGUUGAUGUUGUUGUGUACAAUGGAAGCAGAACUGCCCGGACUGCUACUAAAACAUUAGAAUUUUAUGAUGAAGAUGAGCAUUUGACGCUCCAAGUACUCCUGACUUCUGCAGAAGCUUUUCUCGAGGAUCUGGACGUCUUCAAAAGUAUAAGAUGGGAUACUGUUGUGAUUGACGAACAUGAGCAGUCUUGGGCAUCUGAUGAUCUUGAAAAGAUUAAGGAGCUGAGUGCAGACUCGAGAAUACUUCUGUCCACUGGGAAGAGAAAGGAUACAUCUGACUACCUUAGAAUACUAUCGCUACUUGAAUCUCAAGGUGAUUUUGAGAAAGUAAGAGGCUUAAAAAAUGAGACAAAUGAUAAUAUUUCUAAAUUGAGAGAUAGAUUGUCAAAUUUUAUUGCGUAUGGAAGUACUGCUCAAGUAUCCAAGUUCCUUGAGUUCUGGGUACCUGUUGAGAUAUCAAAGUUUCAGAUGGAGCAGUAUUGUGCUAACCUUCUCUUGAACUCAACUCUGCUUCAAUCUUGUUCAAGAAAUGAUUCUGUUGGUGCCCUUCGAGAUGUUCUCCUUACAGUUCGAAAGUGUUGUGAUCAUCCUUAUCUUUUGGACCCAUCUUCACAAGAACGUCUGAUUGCUGACAAGCGUCCUCCUUCUGAUCUUUUGGAUAUUGGAAUAAAAGCAAGUGGCAAAUUACAAUUUCUUGACAUGAUGCUCACUGAGAUUAAGGCUCAAGGGUUGCAAGUGCUUAUACUUUUUCAGUUGAUUACAGGCUCAGGUGGGGCAUCAACUGGGGAUAUAUUGGAUGACUUUUUGCGCCAAAGAUUUGGUCAAAAUACUUAUGAACGUGUUGAUGCAAUUACUACUGUCAAGAAGAGGCAAGCUUCUGUAAAUCGAUUUAACAAUAAGGAAACCGGACAGUUUGCCAUUCUUGUAGAAAACCGAGCUUGCACCCAGCUUCUUAAAUUCUCUUCGUUGGAUGCUAUUAUCAUCUAUGCUAGUGACUGGAAUCCAGCAAAUGAUUUGAAGGCCCUGCAAAGGAUAUCAGUAGAUUCAAAAGUUGGGCAAAUCAAGGUUUUCAGGCUGUACUCGUGCUUCACUGUUGAAGAAGGAGCUCUUGUUCGUGCAAAGAAAAAUCUACAACUCGAGAAUAAUUUGGAAAGAAUUAAUCGAACCACAAGCAAUUCUCUACUUUCCUGGGGUGCCAUAAAUCUUUUCAGAAAAUUAGAUGAAUAUCAUGCUGAUAGGAACUCAACUUCAGAUCUAACCAGUUCAUCUGAUCAAGUGCUGUUGAAUGAAGUCGCAAGGGAGUUUCGGGUCUUGUUUUCUGAAAAUUUUGAUGAUACCGAUUCGUAUAGUAUCAUCUCAAAAGCUAAGUUGGGUGUUCAGAGCUACACUACAGAUGCUCCGGUGUUUGGUGAGUUGCAAGUUAACUUGAAAGAGGGAGAAGAGCCUCAUGUAUUUUGGAGAAACUUGUUGCAUGAUAGAAUUCCGCGAUGGAAACACUUAAGUGGUACAGGUGCACAGAAUCGCAAGAGAAUUCAUCAGUCCAUCGGAUCUGUGAGUAGAUCAGAAACUAAGAAAGCUGAUGUAGUUAAGAAACAUAAAGUACUGGCAGAUGUUUUGGAUGAAACUUUAACUGUAGCUGAAGGUGAAUUGAAAAAAGCACCUCAAGUUUCCAUUCCGAAGGAAAUUGAAGGGACUAAUAAUGAGUUUGAUGCCUGUAAAGGAACACAAAAAUUGCAAGAAGACAAUAUUACUCCAACCAAUGAUCAAAAUUGUAUGUCAGGCCAGAGAUUAUUUGGUCCCGAGGCUUCACGUGGCAAACAGGAAGACUUCUUCAAUACUCUGCAAUUGAAAUUGAGAAGGCUAUGCCAAAAUCUUCUACUUUCGAAUGAUGUCAAUGAUACAGCGAAAAGAUUUUUAGAAUAUGUCAUCCAGAAUCACCAUGUCAGCACUGAUUCACCCUCCAUCAUGCAGGCGUUUGAAUUAUCACUGUGUUGGAUUGCUGCCUCGAUCAGAAAACGGAAGGUUGAUAAGAAGGCUUCCCUCAUGUUAGCACAACAGCUCCUGAAGUAUCAAUGUACUGAGGAACAAGUGAGUUCUGUUUAUUCCAAGAUGCGGCAACUAAAACGAAUGUAUCUGCAAAGUUCAGAUAAUGCUGAAGACAACACCAAUGGACAAGUUCAUGGUUUGUUAGGUGAAGACAACACAAGUGGAGAACCAUCUAGCGUUAACCAAGAGAGCCCACAGAUUGUGCAACAUAAGGAAGUGCUUAAAAAAUGCACUAAGCUUAUAAAAAAACUCACGCAGAGACACCAAAAGGAAAUUGAAAAGUUCCAACAAAUUUGGCAAGAGAAAAGGAGUAAAUUAGAGACCGACCACAAAUUAGAGUCGGCUCUUAUCCGAUCUAUACAUCAGGAUAAAGUCUCUCGAAUGAGCAAACUCAAGCUUUUGGAGGAUAAUUUUGCUAAAAAGCUUGAAGAGCAUAACCUCCGGAAGAAUGUGAAGCUUAAAGAGCUUGAGGAAAAACAAUUUGCCAUUCUGUUUGAGGAGAAACGGAAGGUGGAUGAAGUGAAAGCGAAGGUAGAAGAGUGUGCUAGAAAAUAUAGAGCUGUCAAUGGGCAAGAAUCACUCAGUUCCCAUUCUGAGGCUGAUGCAGGAGGCCUUCAGCCAAGUGCAGGUAUGGGGGAGGCAUCCCCCAUAGUAGGGAAUGUUGCCCCACUUACCAUUACAACAGAGACUGCACUGGCUGAAGCACAAAGCAAUGAAGCUCUUGUUGAAAAUAUGUCGAGCGGUAAUUUGCAAACUGAUGCGGGGGAAAUCUCACCAAAAUUGGAUAUGACCGAGCUUCUUAAUCAGCCAAAGGAUUCACAUUGUAUUGAUGAAACUGUUGUAGGCAACUUAGCUCCCACACUUCCCAUUACAUCAGAGACUGCACCAGCCGAAGCACGAAGCAAUGAAUCUCCUGUUGAAAAUAUGUCAAGUUGUAAUUUGCAAAAUGAUGUGGCUGAACUGUUGCCAUCAUUGGAUAUGGCCAAGCUUCUUAAUCAGCCAAAGCAUCUGCAUUGUAUUGAUGAAACUGUUUUAGGUGACGUAUCUGCUCCAGGGGUGCUGGAUUCUGGUGAAGGUGAACUAGUUGAUGCAAACGAAGGGGCUGGGGUGGCGUCUGAAACUGGUCCAAAUGGAAAUAUUGGGAACAUCUGCACUCUAGAAUCAAGUAGUGCUUCUAAGAAACAGUCGAGCAAGGGAAAUGAAAUUGCUGAUACUUUGGUGAGCCAGAGAGAUGAAUCUUAUGUGGCUGCAACUGCAGGAAAUCUGGAGCAGACAUCGGAUACUGCAGUGACGAGGCUAUCUAGUGACAAAUCACCAAUAACUGAAAAUUCUACUGAGUUGCAUAUUCCAUCUGCUGAUCCAGCUCCGGGUUGCAAUGUGUCUGAAGAUGAUCGUGGAAGAAGCUCUUCUCCAACUGCAGAGCUUUGCAGGACACAAACACUUCCGUAUGAAUCUAUUCCUGGGGAUGGUCAGAGCUCGGGAACACAUGGCAUUGGUGGUGAUAUAGCACCUAAUCCCGAUGAUGGUCAUGGACAAGCUAUUGAAUCUGAACUUCCUCAGAGUAAUGUGGCCACAGCUCCAGUUGGGGUAAGUUCAGCAGAGCCGACAAAUCGAGUUGUUCAACCGGUAACAGUUGCAGGUCAAAGGUUUGGUUCCGUUCCCCAUCCAACACAACAACCUGCUCAUUGGAAUCCAGCUCAAGUACUGCAUCCUGACCCACUUCAAACUGAGUUAGAGAUUAUGUUUCGUGAAAAUGAACUAGUAGAAAAGAACCAAGCGAGCUUGUUGUCGCAACUGAACCAUGAUUGUGAGAAGGAGGUACAGGAACUUAUUGCUCAAAUACGUCUUAAGUACGACCUGAAAAUUCAGGAGGCUGAAGCUGAGUACAAGUCGAAAAGAAAUGAAAUGGAAAGGAGAAAGAACAUCCUUUAUACGCAAAAAAUAUUAGCUGAAGCUGUCAGAUCCAAGUGCUGGGAGACCAGGAGUUCAGGACUCCCGAGCAUUCAGCAAGGCGCCCCAUCGAUGUUAACCCAACACCCUCCUCAAGUCCAAUCCCCACCAUCAGUCAGACCUUUCCCGGUGCCAUCUCCGAGUCACCCUGCUCCAGUCCAGCGAAUCAAUACUCAACCCCAGCGUCCAGUGCACCCCACCCCACCCUCCGCCCAGCAGAUCAAUGCUCCUCAGCAGCGUCCCAGGCACCCCUCCCCCACCCCAUCCCACCAGAUCAGUACUCCACCUCAGCCGCGUCCCAGGCACCCCUCCCCCACCCCAUCUCAGCUGCGCCCCGGGCAAGGUCAAAAUGCUGCUCCAUCCAGACAACCUGUACAAGCACCGCCCCCCAGCACCCGACCCCUUGUUAUCAACACCAUUAGCUCCUUACGCAACACCCGGGUCAGCGGAGAGAUUCGUUCACCAGCACCACACCUCCAGGCAUUCAGAUCUAGGCCGCCCAUUCCGGUUUCCUCUUCUCCAGUGGCGCUCCAGUCUUACCCCUUACAGCCAUUGCAGCUGCCGUUACUACCAAGUAUGGGUGGUUCUCAGGACAGGCCGCCUGAGCUGCAGACGGCUCCUACACUCAGUCAAUCCAUGCCCACCUCGGAGACGAAUCAUUCGGCCCCGGCUAGCGAUGUACAAAAGAAGCAGGAACCUGCACGACCGCCAGGUUUUGCUUCUUUAUCCGACGAGGAGUAAGAUGGUGAUGAAGUUGUGUAAAAUCAUGUCUCAAACUGUGGAAUUGAAUGUAGUGUACAAUCAACCAUCCCUUAAUUCUAUGUUGCAGCUUGUUACUAAAACCACAAGUUUUUUGAAACUCUGUUGUAUUUCUUUGAGAAAGAUUCAAUAGCAUGGGUCCAUCAAUGUUUUACCUCUUCUUUUCUUUUUUUGUGAACUACAGAAUGUUACAAAGAUGGGUAUUUGAUGAUGAACUUGCUUAUGUUUAUUUACAUUGUUAUUCUAUUGAAUUUUAUAAUUCAUUACAGUGAAUUUUAUAAGCACAAUGCUGACAAUA